AUGGCGGUCCUGAGCAAUGAAGAUGCCGCCCAGGAGCCUGAUCUUGACAAGGCACGCCAUGUCAAGUACUGGACGAGGUGCCUCAAGACUCUGUUGCCACACCACUAUACGAGCAAUGACAGCAACCGGCUCUAUCUGGCUUACUUCAUCGUUUCGGCACUCGAUCUGCUCGGCGCCUUGGACACGGUAUCCUCAGCGGACGAGCGCGAGGACUAUGUCAAUUGGAUCUAUCGGUGCCAACAUCCGAAUGGUGGCUUUCGCAUGUUUCCAGGCACAGACUUUGGGGAGCGAGCAACGGCGGAGAACGCGUGCUGGGAUCCUGCCAACAUACCAGCUACUUACUUCGCGUUGGCAUCUUUGCUUAUUCUGAAGGACGACUUCAGUCGCAUCAACCGGGCAGGAACUCUUCACUGGCUGCGGCAAAUGCAGCGUGAGGAUGGCUCCUUUGGUGAGACGCUGGUUAACGGCCGCAUAGAAGGCGGGCGAGAUCCCCGCUGUGGCUACUGCGCUGCCGGCAUUCGCUACAUCUUGAGAGGUUUGCGCGAGGGUAGUGCAAAGGUCAAUGGCCAAGAAGUUGACGACAUUAAUGUUAAUCAGCUUGUACAUUGCGUGAGGCUUGCCGAAACAUUUUCUGGAGGCCUUGCUGAUGAGCCUUUUCACGAGCCACACGCUGGUUAUACGUUCUGCUGUCUGGGCGCUUUGGCACUCUUGGGGCGACUUAACCUCACUGGCCCACCAGCGGAGAGCCCCCUCGAAGCGCCCAAAAAUCCAGAAGAAGUCCUGAAAUGGCUAGUUUUCUUGCAGACUGAGCUGUCAGAUCCCAACGCUGGUGUUGACUCGGAGUUUGCACAGUCUCAGCGCAGAUCCAACAAACCCGCUAACUCGAAGAAAAUUGAUGAAGCUCGCGACGCGCGAAAGGAUACGGUCCAUCAGGAGCCUUGUGAGACAGUCGGGGUAACACUGUUCGAUCUGAUCGUAGACGGCGCAGGCAUGUGCGGCAGGCCAAACAAGGUGGCCGACACGUGCUACGCUUUCUGGGCUGGUGCAUGCUUCCACAUUAUGCAGCAGCCGCAGCUCUACAACGACCAAGCGAUACGUAGGUACCUCCUCGGAAAGACGCAGCAUGACGUACUCGGCGGGUUUGGCAAAUUUGCUGGCGACUUACCGGACCUCUAUCACAGCUAUUUAGGUCUCGCUGCGUUGAGCUUGGCGGAAAUGACCGGGGUCAAGAAACUCGAUGCCGGGAUGUGUAUGAGUACAGAAGCAAGGUCAAGGCUGCCAAAGCUGUGGGCUUCGUGGAAUGUUUGA